AUGGGGAUUCCCCUUGACGUGCUUAGGUCAGCAAAGUUGCACAUUGACAGGUCUAUGCCGCAAAUAACCAUUAUCAAAGCCUUCAAAGAUCACUGCAAUGGCAUAUGGGACACAAUCGCUGGAUGUUUCAGUAAUGAUGAUGAUAUACAUGAGACAUACAGAGAAAUCAAAUAUGGCUACAAGUCAUUGGAUGAUUUUCCUGUUAUGCAAGUUACUUGGAUGGAUGGGCGUUGGUGGAGCAUGAAUAACCGACGCUUGUACCUCUGUAGAAAGCUGGAAGCAGCAGGCUGUAUUGGGGAAGUAAGAGUGAAGGUAUUGGAUUUACAUGAUAUUCCACCACACAUUUGGAACCAGAAGUUUACAACCCAAACUGGUGGAGAAUCUGUGGGUAUACGCACUAGAACCCCUACCCCUCCACCCCCACCCCCUCCUCCACCCCCAAGGUAUGAUUGUAACCGCUGCUAUCGUGAGUUCUCCAGCCUGAAGGCAUUAUAUCAGCAUCUGAGUGACACAGGCCAUGACAGAGACGAAGAAUAUCAGUGCCCAGUUCAUUAUUGCCAGCGUGUGUUUACUUCCAUGCGAUGUCUCGAACAACAUCAAGACGCUAAAGGCCAUCAUGUGGAUGACUCUGAUAUUGAUGAGUAUGAUGAUCGCGACACCUAUUCUUGCCCCAUGAACAAUUGUGACCGGUCAUUCUUCACCCCUAAGGCUCUAUGGCAGCACCAAAAUGCAUUGGGUCACCAUGAAUCAUCAUCAGAUGACGAUUCAGAUGAUGAUUAUUAUUAUUAUUAGGAAGGAAUCUGAAAAUCAGUCAGAACCAUGGGCUUUCAAUAUUAGAGUUGAAAGCCCAUGGUCAGAACUAAGAAGAAAUUCAGAACAUGCACAGUAAAUAUUCAAAAAUUCUGAUAAAGCAGAACUAUUGGUUUAAGUGAAAAUCUUCUGGAAUGGCAGAACUGUCAUGACAGACUUUUCUUAAACUUCAAACUUGUGUUAAACUUUUUGUUCACCAUGUUAUUUGUAAUUUACAAAGUAAUAUGAAAAUGAUCUAUGGGAGUGUGUCAUUCCAUGAAUCAUGAAAAGCAUUUACUUUUUAACAUGUAGCAUCUCUGGUUAUACUUUCACACCCUGUUUCGGAAAAAUGAACGGAUGGGAGAGCAACAGAUUUCUUCUAGAAAAUUAAUCAAAUCUGUAAGAUCUAUUUUUCACUUGGGUUUACAAAUAAAUCGCUAAAUGAAUAGGUACAUGAUAUGGGUAAAUCUAUUCGGAGUUCUAUCAUUUUUUAAUAGCUUUGUUACUUAGGUGUUAAGGGGUGUAUACACUGUAAAUAGCAUUUCAAUCAUUUCAGUUUUCAAAUGUUGCUCUUUGUGUUUCCUCACUGUGAUGUGAAAUAAUAAAUUCAGUAUUUUACUGCCACAAACUGUAUAUGAGCAAUUGAUCUCAAGGAA